AUGAAGUAUCUCGACUCCGUCAUGAAGGAGUCCCUGCGGAUGUAUCCACUCGCCCAAAUAGCUAAUGCACGUCGCUGUAUGAAAGCGACCACUCUUGGAGGAAUACCCAUUGAAGAAGGAGAAUUCGUGGUUGCUGAUACCAUGUCUCUUCAUUACGACAAAGAAAUCUGGGGAAACGACGCCGACGUAUUUCGACCAGAAAGGUGGAUGGAGUCGUCAGGAAGGCCACUAGCGGCGUUCUUGGCUUUCGGACUUGGUCCAAGGCAAUGUAUCGGGAUGCGACUCGCUCACAUGGAGGAGAAACUCUUACUCGCACACCUUCUCAAACGAUACAAUCUCGUUGCGACCGAAGAUACUGAGGAGAACAUAGCUCUCAGAGGUUCGAUAACGUUCGCUCCGGAAACAAUCACGGUUCAACUACAAAGAAGAGAACACCCAUGA